ACCAGUCUCCUCUGUCCACGGGACUCUCCAGGCAAGAAUACUGGAGUGGGUUGCCAUUUCCUUCUCCUUUUAAGAAUGAGUGAAAUCAUUUUCACAAGUAGGCAAGCAUGUAUGUAGCAGAAUGUUCAUUACAGCUUUAUCUAAAAUAAGUAAUGUUGGAAGUAAUCUGAAAGUUCCCUGGUAAGUUAUUAAUCAAACAUGGCAUAUUUGGAUAAUGGAAUACUCUACAAUGGUUGAAAAAUUAAAGUAAUGCUAUGUGUGCUGCUGUGGGGGAAAAAGUAAAAAGAGUAAACUGAAAAAGAUUCUGUGGUAUAAGCUUGCUUUUAUUUUAAACUAUAUGUAUUAAUAUAUACACAGGAAAAUACAUAUGGAGAAAUAUACAUCAAAGUCUUUUUUAAUUAUUUUGGUGAAGAUAAGAGGUUUUCAGUUUCUAUAGCAAUUAAUUCACAAUAUUCAUAGGAUAGUUGUAUUAAAUGAUUUAAUAUGUCAUAAGGAAUUAAAACAGUGGGAUAUAGCACAUACAAGCUAUUAUAGUUACUCUACACUAUUAUUUUUUAAAUAGUUUAUUACAAUAAGUACAUAUUAUUUCUUUAAGCAGAAAAAAGAGAUAAUAAAAAUAAUGUGGUAUAAACACGGGCAACAUUUGACCAUUUUUAUUUUGGCAUCAUGGCUGCAACAUGAUGGGAAUCUUAAUUCCCCUGACCAGGAUUGGAACACACGUCCCCUGCAUUGGAAGGGCAGUUUUAACCCCUGGUCUGGCAGAGAAGCCCCCUUGGGCAUUUUAAAUAUGAAUGAAAAUGGACUUUCCUGGCAAUCCAGUGGUUAAGACUUCAACUUCCACUGCAAAGGCAGUGGGGAAUGCAGCUGGGCAAAAAACAACAAAAAAACCAUGAAUGAAAGGUUAAAAACAAAUAGGAGCUUAAGGAUGCCAAUAGGUCCUUUAUGCAGAUUUGAAAGGAGCUAGUUGAAAGCUAAAGGUCAAUGAUACUAAGACACAGACAGGAGAAAAUGGGAAACUGCAAUAGUAGUAUCAACUGAUAUUUAAUGUUUACUGUGGGCCAGGUAUUCAGUGCUUUGGAAUUUACAAAGUGAAGAGAUUAAUCUGGAUAGGAGGAGGAACAUUCUUUCUUUGAGAUGAGAACAAAGAUUCUCAACCUCAACUCCCUGAAAUUAUAUGCUAAAUUUGGUGGGCAAAUGCUUUCUUAAAAUAUCUAAAACAAGGUCCGGAUUUCUAAGCGUGUUGGAGCCCUCUCUUUCAAAGAUGAAAGAGCAUCAAGGAACAAAGAAAGUUUGAUUUUAAAAAUUUUGAGGUGAAGAGAUGAAAAAUGAGAAGACUUUUGCCAGUCUCCUAUCACUUUAAACAGGACUACAGAUGCCCUUUAAGGAUAGUGAAAUUUGGUGAUUAUGACAUUCCCAAGUACUGACUGAUUCACCCUCCUCCCUCCACAAUACGUGUCUAAGAGCCGAGUUCAUUUCUUUCCUUUGGGCUCUCUUCAAUCUAAAUUUUUUCCAAACAUCUUUUCAAGGAAAUCUGUGAUAAACCUUACUGUUUCGUAUCCUAAUUUAGUUCUUACCAACUUUCGGUGAAUAGCUUAAUGCCUCUGAUUCAGUAUUUUUCCAUUUGACAACUACUGCUGAAAGAAAUUUCAAUUUCUUAUGAGGAUCAAAAGAGAUAACAUCUGUGAAAACCUCUUAGGAAGUUUUGGCCAACAUCAGAACUAUCCACUUACGAAGCGUUAACUAUUAAUUUUCAGUUUCAAUGUAACAGUAAUUUAAAGAAGGUUUUCUGAAUAGGUGUCCUGCACAGUCUCACCCCCAAAUACUGAAAGCGGGUGGGCGCUCCUCUCGGAUUGUGGCUACGUCUUUCGCUCCUUUUGUCUUUCAGUCGUACUAGAACUGUCAUGGCGCCUUCAAGAGGGGCAAGGCCUUCCUUUCGCCCAGCAGAAUCAUCCGGGGCACCAGGACCGGACCGAGGGGUAGACAGACAGAGAGACGAGCCUCACUGAGACCGAAAAUACCGAACCCUCCGAGAGGUCUCAGCCGGACAGGCGCAGCGGGAGGAGACCGGGUUGAAGGCUACCUCUACGAGCGACAGUACACCCGGGGCACCGCCCACCCUGGCCGCCCUGUCCAAUGGAAACCCAACGGCAGUGCGGCACCGCCCACUGUUGGUCAGGACGCCGCGAGGGCGGGGCCCGCAGUUCGGUUGCGCCGCGGAGCGCAGCUGUGAGCGAGUCUUUCUGAUCCGGGGCCCCGGAACCCGAGCUGGAACUGAAGCGCAGGCUGCGGGGAGCGGAGUCAGGAGGCCUGAGUGUUUGUUCCAGCAUGUCGGAAGGCGAGCCCCAGACAGUACUCAGCAGUGGUUCGGACCCAAAGGUAGAAUCCUCAUCCUCAGCUCCUGGCUUGACGUCAGUGUCACCUCCUGUGACCUCCACAACCUCUGCUGCUUCCCCAGAGGAAGAAGAAGAAAGUGAAGAUGAGUCUGAGAUCUUGGAAGAGUCACCCUGUGGGCGCUGGCAGAAGAGGCGAGAAGAGGUGAAUCAGCGGAAUGUACCAGGUAUUGACAGCGCAUACCUGGCCAUGGAUACAGAGGAAGGUGUAGAGGUUGUGUGGAAUGAGGUACAGUUCUCAGAGCGCAAGAACUACAAGCUGCAGGAGGAAAAGGUCCGUGCUGUGUUUGAUAAUCUGAUUCAGUUGGAACAUCUCAACAUUGUCAAGUUUCAUAAGUAUUGGGCUGACAUUAAAGAGAACAAGGCCAGGGUCAUUUUUAUCACAGAAUACAUGUCAUCUGGGAGUCUUAAGCAAUUUCUGAAGAAGACUAAAAAAAACCACAAGACUAUGAAUGAAAAGGCUUGGAAGCGUUGGUGCACACAAAUCCUCUCUGCCCUAAGCUACCUGCACUCGUGUGACCCCCCCAUCAUCCAUGGGAACCUGACCUGUGACACCAUCUUCAUCCAGCACAACGGACUCAUCAAGAUUGGCUCUGUGGCUCCUGACACUAUCAACAAUCAUGUGAAGACUUGUCGGGAAGAGCAAAAGAACCUCCACUUCUUUGCACCAGAAUAUGGAGAAGUCACUAACGUGACAACGGCAGUGGACAUCUACUCCUUCGGCAUGUGUGCACUGGAGAUGGCAGUGUUGGAGAUUCAGGGCAAUGGAGAGUCCUCAUAUGUGCCACAAGAAGCCAUCAGCAGUGCCAUUCAGCUUCUAGAAGACCCAUUACAGAGGGAGUUCAUUCAAAAGUGCCUGCAGUCUGAACCUGUUCGCAGACCAACAGCCAGAGAACUUCUGUUUCACCCAGCACUGUUCGAAGUGCCCUCACUCAAACUCCUUGCUGCCCACUGCAUUGUGGGACACCAGCACAUGAUCCCAGAGAAUGCUCUGGAGGAGAUCACCAAAAACAUGGAUACCAGUGCUGUACUGGCUGAAAUCCCUGCAGGACCAGGAAGAGAACCAGUUCAGACUCUGUACUCUCAGUCUCCAGCUCUGGAACUGGAUAAAUUCCUUGAAGAUGUCAGGAAUGGGAUCUACCCCCUGACAGCCUUUGGGCUGCCUCGGCCCCAGCAGCCGCAACAGGAGGAGGUGACAUCACCUGUGGUGCCCCCCUCUGUCAAGACUCCAACACCUGAGCCGGCUGAGGUGGAGACCCGCAAGGUAGUGCUGAUGCAGUGCAACAUUGAGUCGGUGGAGGAGGGAGUCAAACACCAUCUGACGCUUCUGCUGAAGCUGGAGGACAAACUGAACCGGCACCUGAGCUGUGACCUGAUGCCAAAUGAGAACAUCCCGGAGCUGGCGGCUGAGCUGGUGCAGCUGGGCUUCAUUAGUGAGGCUGACCAGAGCCGACUAACUUCUCUGCUGGAGGAGACCCUGAACAAGUUCAAUUUCGCCAGGAACAGCACCCUCAACUCAGCCGCUGUCACCGUCUCCUCUUAGAGCCACUCGGCCCUGCCCGGCCCCUCCUCCGCGCUGUGGCCUCCGGAGAGGCUGUGGCUCCCGCCCCGCCCCCCAGUCAGUAUUACCCCCGUGAAGCCCCGCUCUCCUCUGUUAUUCAGGAGGGCUCUGGGCUCCCUGGUUCUGAGCAUCACCCUCCCUAGCCCUUCCCUUCUCUUCCAUCCCUCUGCACUUUGUUUACUUGUUUUGCACAGACGUGGGCCUGGGCCUUGGCCUUCUCAGCAGCCGCCUUCUAGUCGGGGGCUAGUAGCCGAAAUGCCGCUCCCGCCCAGCCUGUGUGGAAGGAGGCGCACGGGCAUGGGGAGCUGAGUUCUACCAUCCCGCUGGGGCGGACGGGGCGGGAGAGAAGGGUGGUGCUGCAGGGGUGGCCCCGGGGGGCCAUUCGAUUCGCCUCAGUUGCUGCUGUAAUAAAAGUCUACUUUUUGCUACGCG